AUGUCAUGCACUUUCGCGGCAACUACGGCACUUGUAGCUGUCGAAGGAAGGUUUUGCGAUUGGAUUGGGCAAUCUUCUGGACGGCCUGCUCCGGGGGCACCAGGCACAUGUCGCCAGCAGGACUCGAGUUUUCUGCAGCUAAAAGACGAUGAAUGGAUGAAUGACGAUGGUUUGAAGUAUUGA